GUAUAUAUUGUACAACGUAUAAAAUUUCCUGAUUGAAAUUCGCCAUUGCAGAUUUCGAUAUGACAGUUGGUUCAGAUACAACUGAUUCGUCGACCUCAGUUUCUAACAGCGACAAAAUAGUUUCGACCAGCAGAUAUGAGAUGACAACCGUGUGUUUAGACAUUUUGAAAGAACCGUUGCCCUGGGUCACCGGUGGAAUAGUUUCAUUCAUGUUAAUCCUGACUGUCAUCAUGUGUAUGAAGGCCAGACUUCCGAAGAAAAAGAGGAAACGACCCAUCAGAAAUGGUGCUAGCUUUCAUAUAAAUCGCGAGGAUGUUUGCAUCUAUCUACGACCACGAGAUAAAAACGAACGGAAAUCCAAUAACAACUCGGAGGAAGUGGCACAGGACCACGAGAACUACGCCCUGGUGGACCACUCAGAGAACUGCUAUGUAGAUUUGGAGGCAGGGGAGUACGAUUUGCUUAGAUCGCAAAGAAAACAUAAACCAUGCUUCACAGAGACCAACCAAAGCUCGUCCUACUGCCAACUCGACAAUCACGCCAGCGGCUUUUAUGACGUCAGUGGUUCGUGUACUCAAAAAGACGUUCUGCAUCCGGAUUACGAGUAUGAAAUGGUUAAAAACAUGACAAAAAUUAAUACACAAAGCCAGGACUUGACAGAAACCGAGCCAACAUUCUCUGUAGACCUCCCCGAUUCACAUGAUGGUACGAAAGACGCCAGCUAUGAAGACGCCAUUUCAACAGUUCCCACAUGUACAAAUGUCAUCAAUGCCAAAACUAAUCGGUUUUCAUAUCUAGACAUCUCGAUAUGAACAAGACCUGUAAAUCAUUAUUAUCUAUGAAGAAUAUUUUGACACUAAUUGAUGACCAACUAAUUAUACAUGGACAGUAUCCUGUCAAUUUUUGAGGUGUCCAAGCGGCAUAAGAUUACCAAUUAUUCCAAUGAUUUCACACAACAUAAAAAAAUAACCACUUACAUAUGGAAAUUUAUACCAAUAUCAAGUUUAUUUUGUUUAUAUAGAACCAAGAGUAGAAAUAUUAUUUUGUGGAUGUAAUUAGUUCCUUGUGUAAUUUUGGCAAAAUUUUAUCAAAGGUCGCACUUCUUCAACUUUGAAAUUUACCAUUCUUCAUAUGUAAAACUUAUACGGUACCAAUUCUGAUGCACCAGAUGCGCAUUUCGACAAAUAAUGUCUCUUCAGUGAUGCUACAUAUUCCAGCACACAUUACUUGUAUUGAUCGAUAUAUACAUAUAUGUACGUCACUCACUGGACAAGGUAUCGGGUUACUGACCCACAGAUCGAUGUACAUGCAUAUGUAUACAUAUACAUAUAUGUACGUCACUCACUGGACAAGGUAUCGGAUUACUGACCCACAGAUCCCAGUCCAAUCCGCUAGUCGACAUUUUGUUUAUAUUUAUUGAAAUCAUGGUAACAUUUUUCUCCAAAAUUGCAUGGUGUUUUUUUUUUAAUUUUUGCAUUUUUGACAUGUACUUAUUACAUAUCAUCAUAUCUAUCAUGCUGAUUUGAUAAACUCUUUCAAGGUGUAGUGAGCCACCUUAUCCAUGUUAAUAUAUAUAUAUCUGUUUGCACUUUAAUAUAGAUUAAAUAUUUGAAUAUUAUCA